AUGCCGUCGACGCAGUCAUUGACCGUCGCAGCGAAGACGCUACGAAAUCGGAUCUUUUCAAGGUCCGGAUCUACAUCCGCCGGUCCGAGUCGUUGGGCGACGCCGGGUCACGAAGAACGGCCCAAGGGCUAUUUCAUGAACCGGACUCCACCACCACCGGGACAGUCGCGCAAAUGGGAAGAUUGGGAGCUUCCUUGUUACAUCACCAGCUUCCUCACGAUUGUUAUCCUCGGAGUCGGACUCAAUGCUAAACCUGAUCUUUCAAUCGAGACUUGGGCUCAUCAGAAAGCCCUAGAACGCCUGGAAAUGGAGAAGCUUGCGUCUGCUGGAGAUUCGUCCGAUUAA